AUGGGCAAGAUAACAAUUGAGUUCAAUGACACUGAAGAUAUCGCCAUGGCAAUCCCACUGCUGCUGGCACUGUCCAUCUGUCCGGCCAUGCUCGGAACCCAAGAAGGGAUACGGCAGAGCCAGGCGCAAAAUAGGCGUGAGGAGCAUCGGUCGCGUCGCUGUAAUCUGAUGGUGUCCUGCAUCAAACCAUCCGUCCGAAAGCGCGAAAUAGACGGCACAUUGGUCAUGCUGAAAGAUGCCAAGGUAAGUACCGACUCAUCUACCCCAUGUCAAAGGUGGAAUGUAGCUAAGCUCCUUGUUGGUCAGCUCUAUCUUGCCACACACAAUCUCUCCGGGGGGCAUCCGUUCGCGGGCUACUACUUGCCAUACCCAGACUCAACAUACGAAGGGCUGGUCAGUACCAUUAGCGACGAUCCACCCAUGCUCAACUGGAUAUACGUCGACAAGAAUACGCACGAAGUCAAAUACGGUGAGCGAUCUGCGGCGCAACAACACCUCACAGGUCCCUUUGACUGCACUCGUCAAGAUCGGCGACUGACACUAGAGGGAUGGGAGGGCUUCGCUGCCGUCGAGGAGCUCCCGGGCAUAUGGGCUUUAUAUUUCGACCGCGAUGACGACGGCCUCGUCACCAAGGUCCCUCUGGGCACACGUGUCCUGGAAGUGGAACUGAACAGGCGGGAGAAGAAGGAGCCCAAGCCGAGCAGUGAUGUAGAGCAGCCCCAGACGGAUCAAGACGACGAACGAGCAGAACAGCGGGAAACUGUCGAUGGAGCGGCGGAGACUGACUCCCACGACCAUCCGGACGCGACUCUCGGUCAAGGCGGGAGAGGGAUGGCGUCAGACCGCGUUGAUUCAUUGGAUAGUACAUAUAGCGAAGAAGACGUGCGUCUUGCUCGCAGUGGCGUCGCGUCUGGUGAGCACCACGAUGUAGAUGACCUGCCUGGCACACCCAGUGUUACUACGGAUGUUGUCUCUCGGAGCCCUCUGUCUUGGGGAUACAGUGAAGAUGAUUCAAACUUCUUCGUCGACAGUCCUACGCCAGCAAGCAGCAAUUUUCCUGUCGAGCAUGUUGUCAGAGAAGAGAGGAGGACUGUAUACGAGACUCCAUACGUCGAAGAUGAAGAUCCAAUUCCGUGA